AUGGACGACGGGAUGGAGAAUGAAACCAGAGGAGCACAACUCGGCUGCGACCUCGAAGGGCGAAAAGAACAAUGCGCACCCGGUCGCAAAGAACAAAAACUGAAUCGAUACAAGGUACUUAACGAGACUGUGACAAGGUCCCCAGGAGAAACCGAGCAAGAACCACUUUCCACUCGUCGUCUCUUUGGAGGCAAGGCCCUGGUCAGAGGCAUGUGCGCCGAAAGAGGUCUCAACCGAGGACACAAGCGCGACCGACAUCCGAUGACAGGUGGAUGGGAAGGUGAAGGUCCCGUCGAGUCCAUUGCCCCUGAUACUGCACAGGUGAGACAGUAUGCUACAGUGCUUGCGCAAGAGGUCAUUAAAUCACUGACAGGGGCCACCAUGACAGCUGGAACUUCCUCAUCACGGCAGAGCAUCACGGAUGAAACCCUCGAUGACGGCGGCGGCGACGACAACUUUGUGCUGACCUUUGCAGAUGUUGAAGAUGUCGGUUGUCGUUACACAAAAACCGUCUGGGGUUACAUUCCUACACCCACUCGCAGAAACAUGCCGUGUCUGCGAUAUGAUGAUCCCGUCCUCACAGAUAGAUUCGACAGACAAUCACAUCUGAUCGUCAACUUUCAACCUUAUCACCAACAUUCCUGAACCAAGGUCCAGCCUAUGGGUUGGUUUUGAUAGCACCUGUAGAGAGAACUAACCCCGCGUCACUGCAGCGGCCAACUGCGCCCAACAUCCACCAAAAAAAGCAACAAACGUGAACCAUCACGGGCCAAAAUGAGA